AGCACACACAGGAUCCAACAGUCUCACGUUCGUUUCCAUUCCAUAGAUGAGUGGAAAACGAGGAAGUUUGAUCCGUGAGGUGUGAAGAAACUACCCCAGGCAACAGAGAUGCUGCUGGAUAUAAAAUCCAUUCCAAGGGACAGGAUUUUAAGGCAGUCACUGGACUGGAUGUAGAGUAUUGCAUUGCUGUUCCGUUCUGUCCAGGAAGAGCAAAGAUUUUCUCCUCAAAGCACAGAGAAGGCGUGGAAACCAUGGAACAACGGACUCAGAGAUAUAAGGGAACAGGUUUGUCUUCUCAGUUUCCAGACUAUCCCCAGGAGGAAAAGGAGAAGCCCCAAAUCCCGGAACCUGUGACGUUGGAGGACGUCACCAUUGUCUUCACAAAGUCCGAGUGGAGGAGACUGAGCUCUGAGCAGAAGGAUCUGUACAAGGAGGUGAUGCUGGAGAUUUACGGGAAUCUGCUUUCCUUGGCAGAAGCAAAGCCAGAAAACAGUGCCUCCUGCCUUUUGCCUUUCCCCUGUCAGCACGUCCUCAGCCAACUACUGCUUCCGAGCUCCCCAGACCCAGGUGCCGAGCAUCACUUCCAUCCCUGGAGAUCCUGCCCAGAACAUCCGAAGCAGCCAGAGCAGCAGGAUUCUGGUCAGAGCUGCUGGAGGGAAAACACUGAGAGUCAGGAGAGAGACAGCGCCUUCAAACCCUUGUGUGUAGCGACAUCCGGGGAAUCCUCCAGCCCAAACGAGAGACGGUCAAAAAGCCCUAGAGAAGGUCACCCAGGGGCAGGAAUAGAGCCCAGCUCAGCUCAGAGGGGGUCGCCUGUGAGAACGGAUAAAGUCAGGAAGGAAUUGGGAACCUCAAGUGUUGGUGUUGUCAACCACAGAAAGAACAGAGCAGACUGUGACCAGACGUCAAAUGACAUCACAAGCCAAAGGCCCCUCCCCCAGGAGAAGCCCUGUGUGUGCUACGAGUGUGGGCGAGCUUUCAGCCGGCAGUCAUCCCUCCUUGUCCACGAGAGGCUACAUUCUGGGGAAAAGCCACAUGUGUGCAAAGAGUGUGGCCGAGCCUUUAGCUGGAAGUCUUCCCUCCUGCGCCAUCAGAGAACACACUCCGAGCAAAAGACACACGUGUGCAAGGAAUGUGCGCGGGCCUUUAGCCAAAAGUCAGAUCUAAUCAAACACCAAAGAACCCACUCAGGUGCCAAGGCCUAUGUGUGCAAGGUGUGUGAACGAGCCUUUAGCCAGAAGUCAAACCUCCUUGUCCACCAGAGGAGACACUCUGGGGAAAAGCCCCAUGUGUGCAACGAGUGUGCGCGGGCCUUUAGCCAUAAGUCAGAUUUAAUCACACACCAAAGAAUCCACUCUGGUGACAAGCCAUAUAUGUGCGAGGUGUGUGAACGAGCCUUCAGCCAGAAGUCAAACCUCCUUGUCCACCAGAGGAGACACUCUGGGGAGAAGCCACAUGUGUGCACUGAGUGUGGGCGAGCCUUUAGCCAAAAGUCACAACUAAUCAUACACCAGCGGAUGCACUCAGGGCAAAAGCCCCAUGUGUGCAAUGAGUGUGGGCGAGCCUUCAGCCGGAAGUCACAUCUCAUCACACAUCAGAGGAUACACUCUGGGGAAAAGCCCCAUGUGUGUGAUGAGUGUGGACACGCGUUUAUCCAGAAGUCACAUCUCAUCAUACACCAGCGGAGACACUCUGGGGAGAAGCCGCAUGUGUGCGAUGACUGUGGGCGAGCCUUUAGCCAGAAGUCACCCCUUCUUGACCACCAGAGGACACACUGUGGGGAAAAGCCACACCUGUGCAAGCAAUGUGGACGAGCCUUUAGCUGGAAGUCAAGCCUCCUUGUCCACCAGAGGAGACACUCUGGGGAGAAGCCACAUGUGUGCAGUGAGUGUGGGCGGGCCUUCAUUUUGAAGUCACUGCUGAUCAUACACCAGCGGACCCACUCUGGACAAAGGCCACCUGUGGGCAAGGAGUGUGUGCGGACUUUCAGUGCAGAAGCAAAGCCAGAAAACAGUGCCUCCUGCCUUUUGCCUUUCCCCUGUCAGCAAGUCCUCAGCCAACUCCUGCUUCCGAGCUCCCCAGGCCCAGGUGCCGAGCAUCACUUCCAUCCCUGGAGAUCCUGCCCAGAACAUCCAAAGCAGGCAGAGCAGCAGGAUUCUGGUCAGAGCUGCUGGAGGGAAAACACUGAGAGUCAGGAGAGAGACAGCGCCUUCAAACCCUUGUGUGGAGCGACAUCCGGGGAAUCCACCAGCCCAAACGAGAGACGGUCAAAAAGCCCUAGAGAAGGUCACCCAGGGGCAGGAAUAGAGCCCAGCUCAGCUCAGAGGGGGUCACCUGUGAGAACGGAUAAAGUCAGGAAGGAAUUGGGAACCUCAAGUGUUGGCGUUGUCAACCACAGAAAGAACAGACUAGACUGUGGCCAGACGUCAAAUGACAUCACAAGCCAAAGGCCCCUCCCCCAGGAGAAGCCCUGUGUGAGCUACGAGUGUGGGCAAGCUAUGAAGCAAAAGUCAGUGGUCAUCCAACACCAGAACGUGCACACUGUGGAAAAGCCAUAUGUGUGCAAGGAGUGUGGGCGAGCCUUUAGCUGGAAGUCUUCCCUCAUCAACCAUCAGAGAACACACUCCGGGGAGAAGCCACAUGUGUGCCACGAGUGUGGGCAAACCUUUAACUGGAAGUCUUACCUCCUUAACCAUCAGAAAAUACACUCUGGGGAGAAGCCACAUGUGUGCCAUGAGUGUGAGCGAGCCUUUAGCCGGAAGUCACAUCUCAUCACACAUCAGAGGAUACACUCUGGGGAAAAGCCCCAUGUGUGCGAUGAGUGUGGGCGAGCCUUCAUCCAGAAGUCACAUCUCAUCAUACACCAAAGGAGACACACUGGGGAAAAGCCACAUGUGUGCAAUGAGUGUGGGCGUGCCUAUCGCCACCAGUCACCUCUUCUUGCCCACCGGAGGACACACUCUGGGGAAAAGCCACACGUGUGCAAGGAGUGUGGACGAACCUUCAGCUGGAAUUAUGAGCUCAUUAGACACCAAAGAAUUCACUCUGGUGACAAGCCAUAUAUGUGCAAGCUGUGUGACCGAGCCUUUAGCCAGAAAUCAUACCUCCUUCUCCACCAGAGGAGACACUCUGGGGAAAAACCACAUGUGUGCAAGGAGUGUGGGCGAGCCUUUAUUUUGAAGUCACACCUCAUCAUGCACCAGCGGGUUCAUUCUGGACAAAGGCCAUAUGUGUGCAAGGAGUGUGGGCGUACCUUCAGCUGGAAGUUAUCACUCCGUUUACACCAGAUGACACACUCAGGGGAAAAGCCACAUGUGUGCAAGGAGUGUGGGCGAGCCUUUAGACAAAAGUCAACACUCCUUUUCCACCAGAGGACACACUCUGGGGAGAAGCCAUAUGUGUGCAAUGAGUGUGGGCACGCCUUCAUCCGGAAGUCAUAUCUCACCCUACACCAGAGGAUACACUCUGGGGAAAAGCCACAUGUGUGCAAGGACUGUGGGGGAGCCUUUAGCCGGAAGUCGAACCUCGUUGUCCACCAGAAGAGGAUACAUUCUGGGCAAAGUGACGUGUGCAAAGAGUGUGGGCAUGCCUUGAUCCGGAAGUCACAGCUCAUCAUACACCAGAGGACACACUGUGGCAUUGGCACGUGUGCAAGGAGUGUGGGUGAGUCUUUGUCAGGAAGUCAUCUCUCCUUACCCAUCUGGGGACAAGUUACAUGUGUGACACCACAUGGUGUCAUUGAUCUUAUUUCCAUUAUUAGCAAGCCAAAGCUCUUCUUGGGGACUACAAAUACCUCGAAUUUGGAUAGUUCUCACCAGUCAUGUGUUAAAAAUCACAGAAACUACAGCUAAAAGAGGUAUAUCAAGUAAUUACCCAGCAAAUAUCAUUACUAAGGCACAAAAUCAAAAUUUCCUGAAGAUGAUUAAAAAAUGCUAGCGUCAGUGUUUGCCCAUAUAUUAGCUUUUUGUCUGGAGCAAUGGAGGCUAGUCAAUACAUACUCUUCAGUGUCUACGUGAAACAGCGAAUGAGAAUAAGCAAUGUAUUGUUUGAAGGGAGCUAAGAGAACACCCAAGAGAAUCAGGCGGUUUAAUUGACGUUGCAUAUGCGAAUCAACAUUUAUACACUUUUACUUAACGAUCCAGUACACAUUCCAUACACGUGAAUAAUAAUUCUUAAAAUACAUGUUUUAAGUACCUUGGAGUUGGUUUUGACCCAGA